AGUGGAGUUGAGUUGGGGGGGGGGGGAACCGGGGACGGGGCUAGGGUUGGGGAAGCGGUAUCGGGCCGAAACCGGAACCGAGCGGGCUGCUGUGACUCUGGAAACAUUUAAAGCAAUAACCGUGUUAGUGACUUUGCCGCGGUUCAACUUUCGACGUGAUGUCCACUCCGGCGAGGCGGCGGCUGAUGAGGGACUUUAAAAGGCUGCAAGAGGAUCCUCCGGCUGGUGUUAGUGGUGCACCUUCUGACAAUAAUAUAAUGUCCUGGAAUGCAGUUAUAUUUGGACCAGAAGGAACACCUUUUGAAGAUGGUACUUUCAAACUGGUUAUAGAAUUUACAGAAGAAUAUCCUAAUAAACCUCCAACUGUUCGAUUUGUGUCAAAAAUGUUCCAUCCAAAUGUUUAUGCAGAUGGCAGCAUAUGUUUAGACAUUUUGCAGAAUCGCUGGAGCCCAACCUAUGAUGUUUCAUCAAUUUUAACGUCUAUUCAGUCCCUACUUGAUGAACCAAACCCAAAUAGUCCAGCAAAUAGCCAGGCUGCACAGCUUUACCAAGAAAACAAACGGGAAUAUGAGAAGAGGGUAUCAGCUAUUGUAGAGCAGAGCUGGAGUGACUGCUAACCUACAGCAACAACAAUCCUCUGUCAACUGCCCAAUGCAUUAUUUUACCUGAGUAAAUGCAAACAAAGUGUCAUAAGACUGGCAGAAGAGUCUGCAUACGUUCUUUGCCGACAUUCUUAAAGAAUUUUAACCCUUUAUCAUUUGUGCUGUUAAAGGGUUCUUUUGUGUUGCAUGAUGUGAAUUUGUAAGCAGUAUUUGAUAAACUCGUACACUAUGGUCUCUCUCCUUGUUUCGGCUUCAUCACUGACCCAUCUUGACAUUAACCAGUGUAUUAGCACCUUGCUGAUGUGAGUGAGAGUGAAGUGUUGAAUUGCUAACAGCAAAAUCUGAUUGGAAUUGAGGCAAAUCUUGGUUUUGAGAUCCAUUAAAUUUCUAGUUCAAUGAUAUAUACUGGUGUCCUGAUCACCAGUUGUAAUACCUGAAGUACAUUUGAAGAGGAGGGCAAUUACAAUGUAAUUUGCUUAGCAACAGCGACCAACCUUUUUGUGACGUUGGUUUAAUGGAGAGUUGCUUUUUACAGCAUGUCUCACUCUAGAUUGGUAGUAAGCUGGCUUUUUCUUUUCAUACACUUUUGCAAUACAACUGUGCUGAACUAGAUCUCAAUGGGAGGAUACUUUUCCACAUUAUCUUGCAUUUUAUUUUGAGGGUGGUCGGAGGGGAUGCCUUUAUUUUAUCACAUGGGACAACUGUACCAUCUGUCAAAUUUGAUUGGCACUAUGUGACUGGAAGCAGCUGUGUUUACAGCCAGCACUUUGUCAUGUAGAUAAAUAAGAGAAAGCUUGAAUGUAUAAACCAGGCAAAGGGCAGGUGCUUCUAUCAUAUGGGUGCGCACACAACUGUAAUAAUUUGUCGCUUUGUGCCUGCUGUGGAUGACUAAUGCCUACCUGCACUUUGAUAUAUCUCUCAUUUGUAAAGGCUCUGCACAGCUAAAUUCAUGAAUGCACCAAGGAAAAUUGGAAGACUGCAUAUAUUUGAUAUGCAUGUCAGCUUCCAAGCAUCAAUUACUUCAUUUGGGGAAGAUUUUCAAAUCGUUUAUCACACCAGACAAUCUGUUCCAGCCAAAAAAAUUCUCUCCCUUUCAAAUUAUUCACUUUUUCCAUCGAGAGAUUCAUUUCUGGAAGAUCCCACAGGUACUGUCAAAGCAAGUAAGUGUCCAUUUUUUCAUGUAAGUUGGGAUGAGCAGUGAGUAUAAAAGCUUCACAGCCAAAUCUGAUCUCAUCCGAUGCCCAUUUAAGUGAGGUUUUUAAUUUAAAUACCUUAUUUUUUAAAUCAAUUGGUAACGGGCAUCCUAUACUCCAGAGAGCAAAAAUCAAAUCUUUUUGAAAGGAACAAUAAUCCUUAUUUUCUGUAAUGUUGUAAAUGUUCAGUAUCCUCUUGAAAUCUUCAUUUUCUGAUUUGCUACUGUAAAUGGGGGACAACUUUGGUGCUCUUACCUGUGCUAAACAAAAGAUUAUGCUUUGUGCUUGGGGAUAUUCUGUAUAAAGCUAAGAGUUUCAUUUGAAGAUGCUACCUUCUUUCAGAUCUGCAAAACUAUUUAGACCAAAAAGAAACUCUCAAAUAUUUCUAAAUUUGAAUGGAAAAUUUCUUGUAUAGAGUAUAUACAGCUUCCCCCACCCCACCCCCCAUAUUGGGAUAGUGCAACCAAUUAGCUUGUAACCAUCUUCAUGAAUGCCUGUUGUGCCAUGUUAGUACAGAAUUUUUCCCUGCAAUAAUGGUGGGUGGUUUUCCUGAUAGGCAGCCAAACUUCAAGGAAAGUCAGCUACACUUUCUCACCCAGGAGAUUAAGAGCAUCUAUUCUUUAUUGGUAAAUGCUUGGCAGGAAGCACCCACAAUUUUGUUUAUUUUCCAGGAGGGAACAGUUUCAGGCCUUACCACGACUAAGGGUCACCAUGGUGAGGUUGGUAGUUCAGGUGAGGAUCAAUCCCUUUGAGGAGCUUUGGUUUAGUGAUGCAUGUGUGUGAAAAUAAUUUAAUUUCUUUCUUUUGCUGUAAUUAACUUUACUGUAAUUGCCCAUUGUGUUUCUAUUGGAAUGUUGUAAUGUUUUACAAAUGGUUAGAUUUUCUGCUGUGGUUUGUGAAAAUUAAUUAUCUGUUAAUGCUGUACAAAGGAUUUCUUUUAUUCCUUGUUUUGUAAAGAUGUAUUUUUUUUUCUUUUAAAACUUAGCUCCCUUUAAGGUGCAUCAACCAUUUUUGUAUCCUAUUCUACAGUGCUUUUUAUAAGGAAGUCAGUGACGGAAAUGUAUUUAUGAUUCUGUUCAAGUAAUUCAAAAGUAGUAACUGGUUGCCAUCUAUUUUGCUGAAGAAAAAUAUAUGAUUAAUUCACUUAAUGUAACAGUGUUUUAUACAAAAAGUGAUUAAUGAUAUCAACUAUGUGAUGUUUGCCAAGGUAGUGUUUUUUUUUUGGCCUUGUUUUUACUCUUAUCUCCCUCUUUGGGACUUGGAAAACAAUUGAGCAUUUGAUGGGCUUGUGUUCCAUUUUUGUAAGGUAACACAGACGAGAACGUUUGUAGCCCUCUGGGCUCUGCAGUUUCAUGAUGCUUGUAUGUUGUACAAUAUGUAUUGAUGCAAACACUUUUUUUUUCAGAUUUUUUUAAAUAAAAGCUUUACUUUGAGAAUA